UGCCCUCGGCAUGGCCAACUACUAUGAAGUCCUGGGGGUGCAGGCCAGUGCCUCCCCAGAGGACAUCAAGAAGGCCUACCGCAAGCUGGCCUUGCGCUGGCACCCGGACAAGAACCCCGACAACAAGGAGGAGGCCGAGAAGAAGUUCAAGCAGGUGUCUGAGGCCUAUGAGGUCCUGUCCGACUCCAAGAAGCGCUCGGUGUACGACCGUGCGGGCUGUGACAGCUGGCGGGCUGGCGGGGCCAGCACCCCUUACAGCAGCCCCUUUGACAGCGGCUACAUCUUCCGCAACCCUGAGGACAUCUUCCGCGAGUUCUUCGGGGGCCUGGACCCCUUCUCCUUUGACUUCUGGGACACCCCGUUCGUCAGCGACCGCGGGGGCCGGGGCCACGGGCUGCGCGGGGCCUUCUCAGCUGGCUUCGGCGAGUUCCCGGCCUUCAUGGAGGCCUUCUCUGCCUUCGACACCCUGGGCCGUGGUGUGGGUGGCGCAGGCCGCACCACCUUCUCAUCCACGUCCUUCUCUGGCUCGGGCAGCUCGGGCUUCAAGUCGGUGAUGUCGUCCACAGAGAUGGUCAACGGACACAAGGUCACCACCAAGCGCAUAGUGGAGAACGGGCAGGAGCGUGUGGAGGUGGAGGAGGAUGGGCAGCUCAAGUCGGUGACCAUCAAUGGCAAGGAGCAGCUCAAGCGGGUGGACAGCAAGUAGGCGCCACUUGCACCCGCGCCCACC